AUGGCCACCUUCAAGGCCUUUCGGGCUGCCGUGCCCCCUGGGCCCAUGCCGCUGCUCGGGCUGCUCGGGCUCCUCGACCUUCUGUGGUUGCUCGGGGGCUCCCCAGGGGCCGCAGGCACCUGCUACAAUGGUGGCACCUGGGAACAGGGCUUCUGCCUUUGCCCCCCAGAGUAUUCUGGGGACCACUGUCAGUUCCAGGAGAUCAGGUGCCAGAAUGGGGGUACAUGGGACGGUCUCAAGUGCCGCUGCCUCAGCACCUUUUAUGGCUCCCGCUGCGAGUUUGCCGUGGAACAAAUAGACCUAGACACAGUGGAUGCUGAAGUGGGCAUGGAGGUAUCUGUUGACCAGAAGUUCUCUCCAGACCUCAAUGACAAUACUUCCAAGGCCUACAGGGAUUUCAGCAAUGCCUUCCAGAAUCAGAUGCAGAAGAUUUACCAACAUGUGCAGGGGUUCAAGGAUGUGCAGAUCCUGUCCCUGAGGAAUGGCAGCAUUGUGGUGGACUACGUGGUCCUGCUGGAGCUGUCCUUCAGCCCCCAGCUGGAUAGCGAGUAUGAGAAGGUGAAAAUGGCCCUGAAAGAGGAGCUCCAGAAUGCCAGCCAGGAUGGGGACAGCUGCCGGGACACCCAGACUCUAUGUUUUAAGCCUGACUCCGUCAAAGUGAACACCACCACCAGGACAGACCUGACUCCAGAAGCCAUCUGCCGCCGCGCCGCUGCCAAAGGCUAUGAGGAGUUCUACUUCCCCUUGGUGGAGGUGAAUCGGCUCCGCUGUGUCACCAAAUGCACGUCGGGCGUGGAUGGCGCCAUCGACUGCCACCAGGGCCAGUGCAUUCUGGAGAAGAGCGGUCCUACUUGCCGGUCCUGGGAAGAGGACAGAAAAUGCUUCGAGAUCUGGAAUGAGGACACCGUGGGGACUUUUUCAAACAUGGGCUUCGAGGACGACAGGAUAGUCAAAGAUGAAAACUUCCAGGUGGCCUUGGAGACUGUGGACACCAAUAUCAGGGUGCACAUCCAGAGACCUGAGAUGACCUCGUCGUCAGUUUGAGCCCUUCCCAGGAUGGAACCAUCUGCACUGUGUCCAUUUCAAGAGCUGGUGCAAGGGCUUGUGCAGUCCAGGUUGUCCUUGGGUGAAAUGA